AUGUCUCUGUCCCAGGAACUCGGUAAUUCCACCCGUCUCUCCGGAGACCCCGGCAACGGCGGCGGCCGUGGCGGCGGAGGGAACGGCAGCCUCGGCGGCGGCGGCGGCAACGGCAGCACCGACGGCGGCAACGGCACCACCGGCGGCGAGGGGCACUCCAUGAUCAGCCUCUUCCACUGCAUAGUCCGAAUCUCCCUCCUGUCCUCCUUCGUCUGCGUCUCCGUCCUGGGCAACGCCCUGCUGCUGACGGUGUUCCACCGGAAGCCUCAGCUGUUGCAGGUGGCCAACCGCUUCAUCCUCAACCUCCUUAUCUCGGAUAUGCUCCAGGCCUCCGUGGUCAUGCCCUGGGUGGUGGCGGGCUCCCUGCCUUCCUUCUGGCCCCUGAGUGACAACACGUGCACGAUCAUGAUCACCCUGAUGCACCUCUUCGCCUACACCUCUAUCAACACCAUCAUCGUGGUGUCCAUCGACCGGUACCUGUCCAUCAUCUACCCGCUGUCCUACCCCAACAAGAUGACCACCAUGUGGGGAGGGAUGUUCAUCCUCAGCACCUGGGUCUUCAGUCUGAUCCAGAGCGCUCCCCCUGCCAUCGGAUGGGGAGAGAUCGCCUUCGACAAGGACAGCUCUCUCUGCGUGGUCCUCUGGAACACGAGCCCCUCUUACACCGCCCUCAACAUCCUGCUGUCCUUCAUCGGCCCGGUGGCCAUCCUGGUGGGGUGCUACGGGAUGGUGUUCCAGGCGGCCCGGAGGCAGAACGCCCUGGUGCAUCCCGUGAGGCCCCGGGGCUUUCAGGAAAUGCUGGAGGAGAGCAACAUGGGCGGAGAGGAGCCUAGCGAGGAAGAGGAGGAAGACGGCGACGCCAUCAUCCCGAUCCCCCGCACGUUCCAGCCCAGCCCCAAGAGGUGCUCCGCCAAGCCCAAGCCUUACCACUGCAAGGCCGCCCGGGUGAUCUUCGUCAUCAUCGCCUCCUUCAUCCUGUGCAUCGGACCUUACUGUUUCCUGGCCGCCGUGUCGGCCGCGGUGGGAGCGGCCCCUCCUUGGGUCAACUCCUGUAUAUUCCUGCUCUUCUUCCUGCAGUGCUGCCUCCAUCCUUACACCUAUGGUUACAUGCACAAAAGCAUCAAGAAGGAGCUCACCGUAGCCUUGCUCGGGCUCUUCUGCAAGAGGCCACCCCGGGGACAGGACUCCAGCACCGAAAACAACUUCCCCAUGACCAUGACCAUGACCGACAGCAGGGCCUUCCCUUCCCACUUCUCUCUGACCUCGGCCUGGAAAUCCUAGAUUUCCGGCCGUCACCGGAACUGGGUCCCGGUCCGGCUGGACACGGGCAGAGACGAUUACAGACAAUUCGUUCUCUCUGUACAGUAAAUUAGUAGAGUAAGAAUGGAGGGGGCCGGGGGGGGUGGACGACGCAGACGCUGUGAGAAAAGAACUUUGGGAUUCUGAGCGGGACUUUCUCCACCCCCCCAUCCCCAACCCCUCCACCCUUCACCCCCACCUCCAAGAUAUUUAAAUACCAAAUCAUUAGAUUUAGAUCAUCAGAGACUGAUUCCAUCUCGGAACUGUGCUCGGUAUCGUCGCCCACUCCCGGAGUUACGUCGUGUCUGCCCGGGUUCCCUUACGGGAACUUGGGAUGGAACACGAGGACUUUGAGUAGCCGGGACCACGAUGGGCAUUUAAUGGCUACGUGCUGCCAGAGAAACCAGAGGUCAGAUUCCUCAUCAGUCCAGGUGAACUUUUCUUUCCAGGGCUUUUGAAAUCGGCCCAAAGGGCCAACCGUGGAAGAAGGCCAUUGAGUCACGACUCAGUGUGAGGAUGGCAUCCCGGGAAGGUUUUAGGAAGUUCUGGCAACAUCCGACAGAGUGGACAAAGAUCCCAGGACAUACCUAAAAUGGGAAGCUUGUCCACCGAAAACAGGGAGGGAGGGAAGCACAACCAUCAGAUCUCAUUUCACGUUGUCUUGUUUUUGUGGAAUGGGUAAGGCUUUAAGGUCAUGCCCUAAAAAAUAGGAAAUCUGGAGACAUCCCCCAGAGGGUUUUCUUGACUAAUAUCUCCUAUUUCCUAUUUCAAUGAGGUCGGAAAGAAACACUUCAGUGUUUCUCCUUUUCGACUUCAUUUAGUGAACUUAGAGAUACAAAAAAACUGAAUUUUAAAAUAAGCCUAAGUUAAACCUUCUCUGCCGGUCCCUUCUGUUUCAGAAAACAGGCACUUCUACUAAGGCGGCCCUUGACGUGAACUGGACAGGGCCAGGGCCCUGCAUUGUUGGCACUGCCCACGAGAAUGAUGAGACUCUCAUUUAAAAAAAAAAAAAAAACGUGAUUUGGUGACUGUGCCAUCACAAAUAUGAACUGAGAGAGGUAAAAGGGGGGGGCAGGCCUGGGAAAGAAAUUCGAAGGGUGCCCAACUGUCACAAAGGGGGACGCCAAGGCUUAUUCCAUGCAUGCCCAGCUGUUUUCUUCCUCCCGCAGAGCUCCUAAUAGCCUCCAAGCUCCCAGCAGGUAAGGGAGAGAGAGGAGGGAGCCUGAAAUGACAUCGGAGGGGAAAGUAUGACAUUCCCUGGUGAGUAACUAAUGUUAUAGCACCACAUAGAUGGUAUGCUUAGCAAAUUUGCAGCUGGCAUCAAACUCUGAGAACCAACAUGUUGUACAGCAAAGUCAGGCUACAAAAAGCUCCUGACAGACAAAAAGAUGGGUCUCAAUCCAAUCUGGGGAACUGUAGUAGAGAUUCAUGGCAAAUCUUAUGCCUGGAUUAAAAAAAAAAACACCUAUAAGUCCAAGAGCGGAGGGGUUGGGGUGGCUAACCGACCGUUCCUCGGAAAAAGAUGUGGGGAUUUUAGUGAACUCCAAGCUCCACUUGAGCCCACACCGGGAUGUGGCCAUUAAAACUUCUAACCUUAGGGGCAACGGUCAGAACCGGAGGAGUUAUCCUACCGUUGUCCUCUGCCCGGGUCAAAGCCACACCUGGAGCACCGUGGGGGGAGAGAGAGACAUCGAGAAGCCACGGGGCGGUCCUUCGAGACGAUGCCAGAUCGAGACCCCCCAGAGGGCCUGGGAUCGUAUCGGAAAGGCCGUCACCUGGCAGGGGAAUUAGUAGCUUGAUGCAAAAUGGGGAGAUUUACUGCCCCCCCCCCCGAUGUUCUGCUCCCAGUUCAAUCUGGAAUUCGAACCUUUCCAAUCAAAUGUAACCUGGACAUUUUAUUGGAAAAGAGAAAAAAGCUUUGGAGAAAACUUGACAAAAACCAUCUUUAUCUUCCCCGGGCUUAAUCCAGGAGAGGCUUCUGUUACGCAGAGCAGGGGAGAAAGGCCUCUUUGGCUAAAUCCUAGCAUCAUUGUUUCUAUUCCGAUUAUAGAGGCCGGAUCUCCCUGAGGAGAUCCCCAAUGGUCAGCCCGACGAUCUGGGUUCCUGAUGACCAUGUCAAACCGAAUCAAAUCGGAGAGGGGAGGCAGAUUCCAACAAUUUGCCCGAGAGAUUUUGGUCAAUUUGAUGACCACAAAAUAGAUGCGGCGAUAUCGCCAACCUCGAGCCCCAUCCUUAUGAGAUUCCCAUAUCUCGGGAGACCUCCUGCUUUAUUGAUAUUAGCCCUCCACUGGCUAUGUUCUCAAUCAUUUGCAUAGCUCUCUAUCUCUUCCUCCUCACUGACUCUGACAGGAGCUCCUCCGAGGAAAGAGGCAAACAGCUCGGUAGCUGGGCUGUGAACAGCUGGAGGGCCGCUCCGUCAGUGGUCAGCAUCUGGAGGGCAAAAAGGGAAAUGGAAUUUAGUCGGAGCCGAGGACACGGGACGGAUCUGCCCAGGAAAGCCAGGCUAACUCGGGCCCGUGAUCAUGAGGAGGGGCCCCGGGGAGACACGACUUUACUCUUGGACUUUUUAAACUUAAAAAAAAAAGAAAAACAGUUCCUAAAUGUGUGGCCAUUUUGAUCUUUUAUCUGCCUGUCCCCAGUAGGCACCUGAAAGAAUAAAUGACCCCAUGACCCAUCUUUUGAUCAGAGGAGAAAGAGACUGGAUUUGGGCUCAAAUCCCAGCUUCUCCUCUUUGGAGCGGGGUGAUCUUGGGCAAGUCACUCAAGUUUUCUGAAGCCCCAGUUUCCUCAUCUGUAAAAUGGGGGGGUUGGACUGGAUAACCUGGGAGGUCCCAUCCAACCCAAGAUAGGGAUUCUGUGAUUAAAAGCUGUUUAUGGUAGUUGAGGCUGUUCUAUCUAGAUCGAAAGUACUUUGGCUAGAGAAUACCCAGUUAGGUAGAUCAUAUUUUAGUCACAUUCUUAAGACAUUUGUUGAAAUUGAACCACUUGUUAUUUUAAAAACUUAACCACCAAAACCCAUUUCAGAAAAAAUUGUUUUGGCCGCCACCCUUCUGCCCUGCCUUCUCUCUCCUGCUCCUCUCUCCCCUGCCUCCCUUUCUCUCUUUCCUCUUUCUCCUUCCUUUCUCUCCCCUUACCUCUUUCUCUUUCCCCAUUCUCUCCCGUCUCUUUCUCUCUCCCCUUUUUCAUUCUCUCUCACAUUUCUCUCUCCUUCCUCUCUCUCUCUCCCCUGAUUCUGUCCCUCUCUUUCCUGUGCUUUUCUCUCCCCCUCUUCUCUUCUCCCGGAUUUUUUAUCUCCUCCUCCUCUCCCUCCCCUGUCUCUUUCUUCCCUUCCUCUUUUUCCAUCCACCCCGCUCCCUAUCUUCAAGGCUGACCUUCUCUAGCCAUUAAGCCACACUGCCCGUCUUGCUUUCCGCCAUAUCAUCCUCAAUUCCAACCCCGAUUCCCAACCCUCUCAUCCUUUUGGGUCCAUUUAACAACGCACCCGACAUUCUCGUUUGAUGGCAAAAUCCAGUGAUUUAUUUUUAACACGCCUUCCCUUCUCUUCUCCCCUCCCCCCAACCUUAUUCACUUUUCAUUCUUUUCGUAAAUAGAUUUUUCAUUACAGGAAAGAUGUACAUCACAGAUCUUUUGGUUGAAGUAAAGCCCUUUUUCAUGUGAGAUGCUAAGAAAAAGGACCUUUGAUCUGAUAAGAUUCAGCUUUGCUGCCAUUUUUUUAUUACAGAACAAUUAUGUGCUAAUCCAAUAAAAUCUAACAACAUUAGGACGUUUUUCUGCACACAAUAUUCUGUCAUUUGAAAAUAGGUGAGCACACAAAAAGUUAGUUAGCCUCCCAGGC